AGCACUAGCGCCCGCUAGUACUGUUGUCAGCCAGCCAACCAGUAGAUUAGCAAAGUGAGCUCACUUGUCACUCACAAGAUCAUCGUCACCUAGCUCAUGACGCAACUGCCAUCAUAACUAUUCUAUUCAACGUUAUUUAUUUAUUUUUGCAACUUCCGUCUCAUGUUUAAAAUUUAAAAGUCGGCUCCGUGACAUGCGAACGAAGCGGCUUGCUAGCCCUUUUGCUAGCCGGGCUGAGCACAUCCUCCUUGCCCACGGGAGUAAUAAAUGCCUAACACGUUGAUGCACGGCCGUGGCGUGGGUGAACUAAACACCGGCGACAAUGCGCAAGGACGUCAGGAUUUUACUGGUGGGGGAACCCAAGGUGGGAAAGACGUCGCUCAUCAUGUCCCUCGUCAGUGAGGAGUUCCCAACUGUGGUUCCUUACCGAGCUGAGGAAAUAACCAUACCUGCUGAUGUCACUCCAGAGAGAGUCCCCACACAUAUUGUGGACUAUUCAGAAGCCGAGCAGACAGACGAGCAGUUGUUCCAGGAGAUCUCAAAGGCUAAUGUGAUUUGCAUCGUGUACUCUGUUAACAAUAAGACAUCAAUUGAGAAGGUGACCAGCUACUGGAUUCCCCUCAUUCUUGACAACACGGACAAAGAUAGCAGGGUUCCUCUUAUCCUGGUGGGAAACAAGUCAGACCUGGUGGAGCACAGCAGCAUGGACACUAUCCUUCCCAUUAUGAACCAGUAUAGCGAGAUCGAAACCUGCGUUGAGUGCUCAUCAAAGAAUCUGAAGAAUAUCUCAGAGCUGUUCUACUAUGCCCAAAAGGCUGUCCUUCAUCCAACAGGCCCACUCUACUGUCCAGAGAAAAAAGAUAUGAAGCCGCUUUGUGUAAAAGCAUUGACCCGAAUCUUCAAAGUGUCUGACUUGGACAACGACGGUAUUCUCAAUGAUAAUGAGCUCAAUUUCUUUCAGAGAACAUGUUUCAAUAUGCCAUUGGAGCCACAGGCGUUAGAGGAUGUUAAAAAUGUCGUAAGGAAAAAUUUAAGUGACGGAGUGUGUGACAAUGGACUCACUUUAAAAGGCUUCCUGUUCCUCCAUACACUAUUCAUCCAGCGAGGUCGCCAUGAAACCACGUGGACAGUGCUGAGGAGGUUUGGAUACGACGACGACCUGGAACUCAAUCAGGACUAUCUCUUUCCUCCGUUGAAAGUUCCUCCCGACUGCACCACAGAACUCAACCACACAGCCUACCUCUUCCUGCAGAGUGUCUUCGACAAACAUGACAAGGACCGUGACUGUGCCUUGUCACCAGAGGAGCUAAGGGACCUGUUUGAUGUUUUUCCCUACAUGCCCUGGGGUCCUGACGUCAACAACACAGUGUGCACCAAUGAGCAGGGCUGGAUCACCUACCAGGGCUAUCUCUCACAAUGGACGUUGACAACAUAUCUGGAUGUGCAGCGUUGCUUGGAGUAUUUGGGCUACCUUGGUUAUUCAAUCAUUGCUGAGCAAGAGUCCCAGGCGGCAGGAAUGACUGUGACCAGGGAUAAGAAGAUUGACCUGCAGAAGAAGCAGACACAACGAAGUGUCUUCCGCUGCAACGUCUUUGGAGAUGUUGGCAGCGGGAAGAGCGGCUUCCUCCAAGCCUUUCUGGGGAGAAACUUGAUGCAGCAGCAAAUGAUCAAAGAAGAACAUAAAUCCUACUAUGCCAUCAGCACAACCUUUGUUUAUGGUCAAGAGAAAUACCUUCUUCUUCAUGAAGUAUUUCCUGACAUGGACUACCUGUCUGAUGCUGAUCUGGCCUGUGACAUCAUUUGCUUGGUGUAUGACGUCAGCAACCCGUACUCUUUUGAUUACUGCGCCAAAGUUUUCAAGCAAUACUUGAUGGACUGCAAGAUUCCGUGCAUGAUGAUUGCGGCCAAGUCGGAUCUGCCUGAGACCAAACAGUUCUACGGCUGCAGCCCUCUGGAGUUCUGUCGGAGGCACAAAAUGCCUCCUCCGCAGUCUUUUACGUGCAAUACUGCAGGAACGCCUAACAGAGACAUCUACACCAAACUCAGCACCAUAGCCAUGUACCCCCACGCACGACUGCGCUGUAUGUGCACUUGUAACCGUUGCACCUUCUGCUUGUGUCAGAACCUGCUCAACUCCGAGCUGCUGCAGACGGUCAGGGCCAAACUCCACGCUGUGGUUCUCCGCAGACACAUGAGCCAAGCGGACUUGAAGAGCUCCACCUUCUGGCUGAGCGCAGGUGUCGGGGCCACUAUGUUUGCCGUGCUGGGUUUCACAAUGUACAGAGUUCUUCUCAAAGCACGGUGAUGCCUCUCAUCAUCACCUAAAAACUGUUCUCACACACCCUAUAUUGACAAAAAUAUUAGACAUCCUACUAGUAAGGUGUCCCAAUACUUUUGUCCUUAUAGUGCAUUUACAGAGGUAUGAUAUUUCUGACUGAACCGAUGCAGUAGUCUUCAGCUGGCUUAAAAAAAAAAAAGUUGCAAUAUUUAAUUUUCUACUUUAAAAUGUAAUUUUGCUUAUUGUGCUUUUGUGCAAAGGAAGAAAUAAUAUAUUUAUAAUGGAGCGAUGUGAGAUGAAGCUGUUUAUUUGGGCAUAUUAACUCACUUGGCAGCCAUUGACGGCGAUAUAAGUCCAAUAGAUUUGAACCCUCCCACUUCAAAUGGAUUGGACGUCGACUAGUGACUCCUUUAAGCUCACUGCAGAAAGACGAAAAGAGCCACAUGAUUGGACGUCUUUGGCACUGAAAGAGUUAAAUGCUAUACGGGUGCGUUCUUUAAAUAGUGUUUUUCGGUUGCCUGGUGACUGCACUUGGCAAGCUGUGUGAAAGGUGCAAUAUUAUAAUUAGUGAUAGUGUACAUACUGUAAAUAACUGUACUUGUACACACGGGCUGAUGUGAGACUAAAUCAGGCAUAGAAAGUUUUGUUUUUUUAUGGUCAAAUGUGUGGAAGGGGCUUGUACAGUAUACAAUCAUUCUGUAAUACAAUUUUGCAUGUUUUAUCAUUUCUCUCCCCAAACCAUGCAUUACUCUCCACAAUUAGUAUGUCCUAUACACUUGCAUAGUAAAAUGCUCCCCCGUGGCCCUUUUGAAUUAUCCAUUGAACAACAAUGUAGCGCUGUUCACAAUAAGGUGAAACUGGAUGUAUUUAAUAGACCUCAUCUUUUGGGAAUUUUACAAUAAAUACACAUUUAUCUCAUCUGA